AGGUCAGUAAUAUUGGAUUCGUCUGCUUAGGUUACAAGCAUGCAACAACAGAGAGAGCUACAAAAUCAAUUCAUAUUUACUGUAUACCUUGAUGAAGGUACAAUCCCAGAGCGUUUCAUGUAAUCGUGGAAAUUGAAAAACCAGGCAAUGACACAGACAUCGCAGUUUCAAAUCUAACAAGGCGAGUAAAAAUGACAAUGCAUAGGGUUACAGCUGAAUGCUUCUCUACUACAUCACUCAUCUGUAUAGACUGUAAAACUUGUGCUGAAAAGUUCAAUGGCAGGCUUAAGAAGAAUUAUAGCGUUAUCAUUUGUACUAGCUAUUGGAUUUCUAUUAGUUAUCUUAUCAUGUGCACUAUAUGAAAACUGGUGGCCUUUAUUUGUGGUCGCAACAUAUAUAUUGGCACCUCUGCCUAAUGCUAUAUGCUCGAGAUUCGAUCAUACGUAUGACGUAUUGUCAAUGGGCAACGAUAACCAGGGCAUUGUUGAUGCGGGGCAGUUCAUCACUGGUAUUUUUAUUGUAACUGGAUUUUGCUUACCAUCUGUGUUGGCACAUAAUGAAAUAAUAACAUACCCUGCUAUGGGCAUGAGUAUUGCAGGUGGUUUGCUAGUCUACGGAACAAUUAUUGCUUAUACACAUUUCUUUUCUCAGCAAAGUGAAGAUACAAUUUGAAUAUGCUAAUAUACCUCUUAAUACAGACACUCCGGAUAUAAAUAUUGCGAAUAGUCCAAAAGAUAACGUGUUGAUAUGCACAGUUAAAAUGACCUUGACGAACUUUGCGUUUUUUCUAAACUGAUACAAAAGCAAAUCGAUUUUAUUUACUUUUUCUUUUGUAGAUCAUUUAUAAACUACUUUUUUUUUUUUUUUG